UCAUCGCGUUUCCAUAGUUCACGGUGCGUUGUCGAAGAUACUGUCCCGAUGCUGGAUCCCAUCACUUCAUUGAGUCUCGCGAGUGGUAUCAUAACGCUGGUGGACUUUGGCGCGAAAUGUAUCAAGAAUGCCCGCGAGAUUGCAGAAUAUGGAUGCACUGAAGAGCAACGACACUUGCGAAUCAUCACUUCCGACCUAAUCUCUGUAUCCAGUGAUAUCACAAAUCAGAUAGGCAGCAGUGCAGUUCACGGUCUGGCCCAGCAAACCCAGGAUGUUGCGCAAGAACUCUCUCAGAUGCUGGCGAAAGUGCAAAUCGAUGACCAGGAUCAGAAUCAACCUCGCUUAGGCAAAAGGAAACGCAUAGUGAAGAACCUCAUGUACACCGCAUGGAGGAAGGACGACAUCAACAAAAUGGAAAAACACUUGAGUGAUUUAAGACAGCAGAUGGUGCUGAGGCUUAGUCUUACGCAGAGUCAGUCGUUAUCGGAUGUACUCAAUCGUCUGAGUGUUCCCGGCCAGAAAGUGUACGAAGAGCAAACAGCUCUUCUGGGGCAACUCGAGAAGUACUUGAAGAGCACUCAAACUCAUGGCAUUGAGCUCAAGCCAUCUGAUGCAGGGGGAGAUCAAGAUGUCCUGUCAUGCUUGGCGGGGUUGAUCGAUCAGGGGCGAACAAUCACCAGAUGCCAACAUAUACUGAAGUCGCUUGAGUUUGAGGGUCUCUAUGCACGGGAACAGAUGAUCCCUGUUGCUCACCAAUCGACCUUCACAUGGAUCUUGAAAGAAAAACGCCAUGGGUUCGUGGACUGGGCCAGUCAUCAAAAUGGGAUAUUCUGGAUGACUGGCAAGCCAGGAUCAGGAAAGUCAACGUUAAUGAAAUAUUUGAUUCGCGAACCUGAGACACGCAAGCUUCUACGGCAGUGGGCUGGAACCCGCCGUCUCGGUGUUGCAAGCCACUACUUUUGGAACUCGGGUACCACCAUGCAAAAAUCCGAAGAAGGUUUACUGCAGAAGCUGCUAUACGACAUCGUUUGCCAAUUUCCAGCUGAAGCACUCAAAGCCAUCCCCGCCGAGUUCACAGAUGCAAAAGUACUUGGGAACGUACCUUGGACAGUCGACGACUUGCGAAAAGUAUUGGAAGCUUUUGGACAGAACGAGGAUCUAGAUACCAAGUUUUGCUUCUUCAUCGACGGCCUUGAUGAGUAUCGCAGCGACCACGGUGAGCUUGUGGAAUGUUUGUCAAGACUUUCACGCUGUCCUAGCAUCAAACUCUGCGUCUCUAGUAGACCCUGGAAUGUUUUCACUCAAGCUUACAACAAUCGCGCUCAAGGGCAGCUUGCAGUGCAUGAGCUCACGCGAGCUGAUAUCAGGAAGAUGGUUGAAGAUCGGAUGAGCACAAGCGAAGCUUUUCGAGCUUUGCAGGUUGCUAGUCCGCAAGCUGGUGCUGAUAUAGUCGCAGAGAUUUGCGAUAAGGCGCAAGGCGUGUUUCUGUGGGUGCAUUUGGUUCUCCGAUCGCUUCUCAGGGGGAUGAACGAUAACGACGACGACAUUGAUAUCUUGCGUGAGCGCGUGAGAGAAUGCCCAGACACACUCGAUGGAUACUUCGAUCGGAUGUUCCAGCGCAUUGAAAAAGUCUAUAAGAAGCAAUCGGCACGUAUCCUUCUGGUCGCUCUCGCUGUCGAUGGACCACUUCCGAUUCGAGCACCUUCAUUUAUUGGCGAAGAAUUGAAGAAUUCAGACUAUGCCCAAAACAUGCGCUUGUUUUCCGUCGGCGGCAGUCAAGAGAUUUCUCAUAAGUGCGACAAAAACCGUUCAUCCACAAGAAGGGUCCCCACCUUGCAGGGCAGGUCAAUAUCCAUGAUCAAAGAAGCUCUGUCGGGCGGCGAAGAGUACGAGAUCCAAAAGGCCCGAAGAUAUCUUGACGCUCGAUGCGGAGAUCUCCUCGAAGUAAACAUAGGAACCAUCACCUUCCUUCAUCGCACAGCAAGGGAUUUUCUCGAGCGUGACGACAUGGCGGACAGUAUACGCAGAAUCGCCACUGAUGACUUCGACACGCAUCUUUCCCUCGCCCGACUCAGCCUAGCACAACUAAAAAGCGUAUGGCCUAACCGAAGUGAAGAGCUGGAAAUUCUUCUGAAACAAGUCCUCGGAGCAGAGAACAAGAUCUUAAACACAAGUAAAUCAAAGUAUGCCGAUGUACUCGAGGAUAUUGAUCAGCACGGUGUUGCACUAUUCGACGCGCAAGACCGAAUAGCAGGACGCAGUUUCGGGGGAAACUCCCAUGUGCCACAGGAAAGGGUGAAAUAUGAAGACUCGGUGGACUUUAUCAAGAUUCAUGGAGCACUCGUGCGAAUGGGACGAUGCUGUCAAGCUCUAGUCCACUGA